CAUCUUCAAUUUACGACUACGGACUGUACCAACCCUCACAAUUUGCCUCCCACGUCAGGCCAAUUCGUCAGAGCAUUCUGCCCACCAUGUCAGAGACCUCGAUUCCCCCGUCGUCGCCCGCAGGCCCAGUCGCAAGACCCGUCAGCGAGGCACUUCUAAACGAGAAGUGGGACCGCUGCCUGUCCAACCUGCUCAUCAAGUCGACACUUGGCCUCGGCUUCGGCGUCGUCUUCUCGGUCCUCCUGUUCAGGCGGAGGGCGUGGCCCGCGUUCGUCGGCGCCGGCUUCGGGGCCGGGAGGGCAUACGAGGAGUGCAAUUGGAACCUGAGGCAGGCGGCAAAGGACAUCAGGAAGCAGGCGUGAAGCCAUGCAGCCAGGGUUUGGUUUUUGGGGCGGGGAGCUGGGACUACUAUUGGAAGGGAGGGGAGCCUCGAAAAGGCAGGGCCAAACCAAAGCCCGGUGGUCCCUGUCGUCGAAAUAGGGGCCAAGAAACCGGGUAGUUGAGGUUGGUUGUGGUGGCCGUAUCGUUGGCAGCAGAUUGUCUCGAUUAGGGGUUUUCCUUGGUGUCAAUUGAUCUAGAUUAUUUAUAGGUUCGAGUGUCGCAAUAGAGCUACCUGUACAUCA